GCUACAAAUACGAUUAUAAUGCCAAGUGAGUCAGUCGACGAUCUGUUGUCAGCCAUGGGGCCUAAAAUUAAUGAUGUAGAAGUGAAAUUUAACGUAGAAGAUAGUUUUGUACUAGCUGCACUACCGUAUAGGAAAGCCAGUUAUCAAAGAGCUGAAGAGGCACAGGAUAAUGCAGAAAGUCCUCAGGUUAGAAGUGAUGAGCCAGCAAUUAUUGAGCAUACAGAUGUUGGAGGACCUUUAAGAGUUUCUACAAGAGCUAGGUUCUCUUACGAGCUAGACAGAUACAAUAAGAAUGCCUUGUUAAUAUUUGAAGGGAACACGACAGAUGUUCCUUUAAGCAUGGAAGAUGAUGCAGACGAAUGUGAUGAUAUGAGCACGAAGUUCAAACGUACUUUUGAACAAUAUCGAUUUGAAGUAGAAGUCCAUAGCAAUCUGAAUGAUGAUGAAAUUGCCAGCACUUGUGACAGAUUCUUCCAGCAAGACUUUACAGAUUACGGCUGCGUAGCAGUAAUGAUGUUAGCUAAGACGAGACGAGGCAUUGUGGAGACCAGCCACAGUCCUAGAAGUGAAUUCGGCGUGAUGCGAUACAUGUCUGACCUACUGCCGCCGACGUUACGGGACAAGCCUACUAUUUACAUCGUGCAGACUGAAGGCUACUAUUUAGUACCUCGUGCACGAGUCUGGUCGACACUGCCGCAGGACAACCUGGAGUUCCGUCUCCUGGUCCCCAACGUUUCAUCUCCUGAUGCCAGGGGCCAACGCUCAUCUGGGGCCUGCCUCCUAAAUCAUAUCCACGAGAAGCUCACGAGCCUAGGAGAUCAGACAGACUUCUGCAGCCUUCUUCAAGAUGCUGUCAAUGAAUUCGUUCACCAAACUCCUACGCUCCAUGGUCAGCCUUUCAGAUUAUAUUCGUCUCUAACCAAAGAACUGAGACUAGUCAGGACCACUGAACCGUGAGGUCUUAAUAGAGCAAUUUGUGUUAAUGUUUGUUAUAUUGAUUUGGUACCUGAAGUUUUGUAAUAAUCGUGUUUGGAAUAGAUAAUGUGCACGCUUGCCUAGUCGAAGAAGCUGGUUAU